AUGAACUAGAGACAUCAAUCUUUUGGACUUUAAUCUGCUUAAAUUGAAUGUGAAUAUGAUAAUAAUAAGCCUUUCAAUAAAACACCUUCUUGUUCUCCUCUACCUUAAAAUGAGGCAGAAUAAAAUGACGAUUUAAACUUCUCUAUUAAUUCAAAUACUAAUUUUCAAGCAUAAGGAUUCAAAACCAUUAAAAAUUAAGAUAGAAGUUAAAUGAUCAAAAUCUAAUCAAAAUUAUUUGAAGUUCUGAAAGUUGAUAAAUUAGUAGCAAUUUUUAAGGAAAAAUUAAUGUUGAAAUCACAUGUAUUAAGUCAAGCUAAAAGAGAAAAAAUCAAGAAAAUAAUUAGUGAAAAAUAUUUAUAAAAAAGAAUAUCAAUUACUUAACCUGAAUUCAAUACUUAUUGCUUUAAAUUAAGUCAUCAACUUUUAGACUAAGAUAAUGCUUUCUUAUAAAUUUGGUCUUAUAUAAAAACUAUUAUUUUAAUACUCUUAUUAUGGCUUUAUCCAUUUUUAUGGACUUUUAGAAUUAAUACUACUUUUCAUAUACUUACCCUAAUCUUUAUAAUUUUUGAUAUCAUAUUAAAAUUAAAUACUUAAUUAGUUUUUUAAGGAAAUGUAAAAAAUUAUCAAAUAUUAUUAGGUAAUUAAUUCAAGAUCUGAAAUACUGUCAUUUUAUUUUAGAUCUUAAUUACUAUUUGAUACUUUUAUAAUGAUUUCAGUUUUAGUUCUUUUUUAUGCAAUUUAGGAAAGUCAAAGAGUAUAAAUUAUUGAAUUAAUUUUUCUUUUCAUUUUUUCAAUUUUUAUCUACAGAAAGUUUACAGAAGAAAUAGCUAAGAUAAAUUAAGCAACUUAUUUCAAUAAACUUUAUCGAGAAUAUUUUAAUUUAUUCUAAUUAUUCAUUUUAAUCAUUUAUUUUAUUCAUAUUUUAGCAUGCAUUUGGAAUUAUGUAGGAUAAGAAUCAUCAAUAAAUUUUGAAAAUAGUUGGAUUUUAUAAGCAAAUAUUAUGAAUGAAACAAUUGAGAUUCAAUAUUUAUAUUCAUAUUAUUGGGCAGUUACUACCACAAUAACUGUUGGUUAUGGUGAUAUAACUCCUAAAAAUCCAAUAGAAAUAAUUGCAUGCAUAUUUUCUAUGGUAUUUUCUAGUUUUAUAUUUGCAUACUCAAUUAAUUCGAUAGGAAAUAUACUAUAUAAUAUCAAUGUUUAAUAAACAUAGUUUAUGUAAAUAGAUUAUAUAAGAUUUUAGUUAGACUAUUCGAGCAAUUUCAAUAUAUAUGAAUUAGUAUCAUGUUCCAAAUUAAUUAUAAAGUAGAAUAAGAAGUUAUUUAUAAUAUUAACAUUAAGAAUAAACAGAUGCCGAUUAAGAAUACAAUGAGGUAAUUGAUAAUAAAUUAUCUCAGUAAUUAAAAGAAGAAUUAAAAUUUACAGUUUUUAAAUAUAUCUUAUAAAAGAAUAAAAUAUUGCUUAACAAUUUUUCUGAAGAAACUUUAAAAAAAGCAUCAUAAAAGUUGAUUACACAUUAAUAUUGUCCUGAUGAAUUUAUUUUUUAAUAAAACAUAGAGGAUGAUAAUUCAUUAUAUAUGAUAGAUUCAGGGAAAGUCUAAUUGAUGGAUACAAAUUCUGACACUGUAAUAUCUACAUUGACAAAAGGAUAGUUUUUUGGAGAAAGUUCUUUUUAUACACUUUGUUCUAGAAAAUGCAGUGCAAAAAGUAUUGGAUUUACCAAAAUCUUUAGUAUUAGAAGAGAUGAUUUUUUAUCAGUAUUAUCAUAAAUGGAUUUAGAAAGAUUUCAUAAUAUCAAAGAUAGAAUAUUAUAAAACUUAUCAAUAGAUGGAAUGUAAUGUUUUUUAUGCAAAAAAGAUGAUCAUAUAAUAUUUGAUUGUUAAUAUCUUAAUUAUAAACCAGAUACAUAAAAACUUAUAUUACUUUAUAAUAAAUCAAUAUAACAAAGAAUGGUUUAUAAUAAAAGAAAUAAUUGGAAAUUGAAAGCACUGAAAAUAAAAACAGUAAUAUAUUCUAAUUAUUGAAGAUUAUUUAAGAACAUUAAAAAGCAUUUCUUAAUGAUUACUAGUUGGAAGAUUAAAUAUCAGAUUAGGAUGAAACUUUAAAAAAUUCAAUAUCUUAAUAACAUCCAAGUCUUGAUGCUCCAUCUUAAGAAUUAACAAUUUAAUCACCUAUAAAUUAGGAAGGAGUUGCAACUAGAAAUUCAAUAUAUAAGAUAGUUCAUCCUAAAGGUACAGAACCUAAAUAAAAUAUUUUAACAAAUAGUUAUAGUGGUGUUAAUUUAGAACCAUCUAUUAAAGAAAUUUAAUUAAAAUCAAAUCUUAAGAUUGAAAGAACAGAAAGAGAGAAAUCAUAGAAAAGAAGUUGGAAAACAUAGCUUCUUAGUUCAAUAAAUAAUAGAUAUUUUGGAGAUUUAGUAGAGUUUGAAAAAUAUUAAGAAUUUAAACAUUAUUUUCCUCAUAAUAAUAUGACAGAAGUGAUAAUUCAAUAUAAUAAGAUUAGUAAAUCUUUAAGAAGACUUUCUAGAAAAUCAUAAAGAUCAGUUUAAAAGAAUCCUUAAAAGAAAAGAAGAGUUUGA